ACCUGUAAGCUACGUGCCGUUUGUCGCAUCUUGUCGCGGGAGUGCGAUCGUGCGUGGAAUGUGCGUUCGCGACAUUACAAACACGUUGCAUACGAAAUGUAAAUAAUAAACGACGUGCUGGGCCAUUAAAUAAAAAGAUUGGCCGAGACUCUGUUUACUUUCGGGCGACAUCGUUUCAGUGAGUGUCCCCCACAUGAAUUACCGGUGAUACGUUUCUGACAGCGUGUUCGCAAUGGCCGAUGAGUCCUCUGCGUUGCCGAAGAGGCGGCAAUUGCGCGAAAGAACCAAGAAACUAUACACCGACGACUGGACUCUAGGGGAUGAGGAAAUCGAGGGUCGUAGAACGUUCCAGCUUGAUGAGAAGAUCGAAUGUGAUAGGUAUGACCUGAGCAACUUCAGCGGCCUCUUCCGAGAAAUGAAUGGCUCUGAAUUGAAUUUGGCAUAUUUGCAAAAAUAUGGGCUACAAAUACCAUUGUUAUUCAGGGAAAUGUCGGGGCUAGGACUGCGAGUGCCUAGCUCCAACUUUUCAGUAAAUGAUGUCCGAACUUGUGUUGGUUCUAAGAGAAUUUUGGAUGUGAUGGAUGUUAAUACUCAGAAGAAUGAAGACAUGACGAUGAAAGAUUGGCAAAAGUAUUAUGAGGAUCCUAACAAGGAGCGACUGUUGAAUGUGAUCUCCUUAGAGUUUAGUCAUACCAAAUUAGAGAAUUAUGUACAAUCACCUGCGUUGGUACGGCAAGUUGAUUGGGUCGACGUAGUAUGGCCAAGACACUUGAAAGAUGCUCAAGUGGAAUCAACUAACCUGUUGGAGGACAUGAUGUAUCCAAAAGUACAGAAGUAUUGUUUAAUGUCAGUGAAAGGAUGUUACACUGACUUCCAUGUUGAUUUUGGUGGUACCAGUGUAUGGUACCACAUUCUGCGCGGUGGUAAAAUCUUCUGGCUGAUUCCACCAACUGAAAAGAACCUGGCACUCUAUCAAGAGUGGGUGUUAAGUGGCAAACAGUCGGAUGUAUUUUUUGGUGAUAUGGUAGACAGAUGUGGCAGAAUAAGUCUAACAGCUGGUAUGACAUUAUUUAUACCAACUGGUUGGAUACAUGCUGUGUAUACUCCUCAAGAUUCUCUAGUUUUUGGUGGGAACUUCUUGCAUAGCUUUGGUAUAGAAAAACAAUUGAAAGUGGCGCAAGUAGAGGAGCAUACCAAAGUACCACAGAAAUUUCGGUAUCCAUUCUUUACAGAAAUGUUGUGGUAUGUUCUUGAACGGUAUGUGCAUGUACUCUUGGGUAGAAGUCACUUAGAAAUAGCUGAAUCACAGAAGCAACAUUCAGUUCCACCACAGCAUCAACACACACACAUUACUCCAUUUGAGUUACAUGGCUUAAAAGCAAUAGUUAUGUAUUUACAUUCUUUACCCUCAACGAAGAAAAAUGUGCCGGAACUCAUACGCGACCCGGUUGCUUUGAUUCAUGAUGUACGUUGUUUAGUGGAACAACAUCGGCAUGACAAUCCCGAAGCUGCUGUAACGGGAAAUGCCGUAUUACCAUCCCCACCACCACUCACCAUCGCCGACAGGGAACGAUUGAGAGUGGCGCGGAAGGGUUUCAUGAAAAUACCACCGAGACUUCCAUCGGAGAAAUCUGAGAGAGCAUUCCCGCGUAGAAGACGCACUAGAUGUAAGAAGUGCGAAGCUUGCACCAGACAGGAUUGUCGAGAAUGUGUAUACUGUCAGGAUAUGGUAAAAUUCGGUGGAUCUGGUCGCGCUAAACAAACGUGCCUGAUGCGCCAGUGCUUAAGGCCCAUGCUACCAGUGACAUCAGCCUGUAAAAUUUGCCAGUUGGACGGUUGGAGACAGCCGCCAGCACCGUUGAUGGGUAAACCAAUUCCCAACAUACCGUCGAAGUUAAUGGAAUGUUCAAUAUGCUUCGACAUCGUACAUCCGGAAUGUAUAGGUUUGAAUUCCGACGAAGUAACAACAGUUAAUGACGAUGUGCCGAAUAGUUGGGAGUGUCCUCAGUGUUGUGAACGAGGUCGAAAUGUAGAUUAUCGACCGCGUCAACAGAAAUCCCGUUCGCGAAAACUAUCAGUGUCGAGCGCGGGAUCGUCGGCGCCCACUUCGGAUUCCGAACGAGCUACAACGCCGAAUAAACAGCCAAGGAUGGAGGAGGUAAACGAUUCUCCUGCGGAAGCAGCUGACAACGAACGAAGAACAAUUAUGCGCAAUCACUUGGCAAUGCAAUUGAUCGCUGGAACUAGCAGAAAUCUAAUCAGGCCGCACGUGGUAGUCAGGCCUGCACCACCGCCACCUAUCCCGAAAUCAGAAGAAGACGGAUCAAAUCUAGCGUACGAUAAGACGGUGAUGCUGUCAGUGUUCCGAUAUCUUAACGUAAGAGAUCUGUUUAAUUGUGCCUUGGUCUGUCGUACCUGGGCGAGAUAUAGUAUAGAUCCCAAUUUAUGGAAGAAACUUGACAUGUCGCAUGUCCGCCUGGAGCCUUUGCAUUUGACCUUCAUCGUACGCAGACAACCGGAGAACCUGAAGCUCGAUUGGACCAACGUUAACAAGAAACAGCUGAUUUGGUUGUUGACUAGACUACCGCAAUUACGAACGUUAUCUCUUCAAGGUUGCGCCUGGACCGCAGUUUGCGGCUUGAGAACUUGCUGCUGUCCACCUCUGACAAUGCUGGACUUGAGUUAUGUUACCGGAUUAAACGACGCUAAUCUAAACGAGGUUCUGAGCCCACCAACGGAUUCACGACCUGGUCUCAUUGACAAGACGUCGAGAUUAAAGCACCUGAAACAUUUGUUCCUGGGUGGAUGCGAUAUUACUGAUCUCGGAGCUAGAUACAUAGUCGAGCAUCUGUCGUGCCUAGAAAGUUUAGAUUUAUCUUCGUGCGGUAGACUUACUGACAUGGGUGUGGCUCAACUAGCAACGCAGAAAUUGCCAAACUUGAUGUCGUUGAAUCUAGCCAGCUGCAGACUACUCACAGAAACCACCUUGGAUCACCUGGAACAGUGUAAAGCAUUGAAGCACCUAGAUCUACGGCACACUACUCAAGUAUCGACUCAGGCCGUUAUCAGGUUCGCAGCAAAGAGCGAACAUAACUUGCACGUGACGGAUGUGAAGCUGGUGGAAGAAAAGAAACCCGAAACUGAGGCCAUGAUAAUAUCAUGAAAAGGCCUCAAGUGGUGCUCGCGCGUAUUAUUGUUCAGUGCAAUCCGGUUCUGUUAACGCACGUAGAAAUCACUGCUUGCGUACGAACCGUAAUUGCAAAAUACUUGCGACUAGUGAGGAUUUUUAUUUUACACAAAAAGAUCGGUACAUGACGUGCAUCAUUAUAUGAUGUGACAGGAAAGACCUGACUAGCAUAAGAUUUCUAUUGUGGUGACACCCUUUACCGACAUAAGGCCAAACGUGGUCUUGGCGAAGACGAUUUUUUCGCGACUUGUACGUUAUUUUUCUUGUUUUUGAUUGCGAAAGCUUAUGUACUGUUUGAUUGUUUGAAUUGUACGAUUUUUUUAAGUUAUACCAUGCUUGAUUCUAAAUAUCUUUCGCCUGAAAGUAGUUUUUGUCCUUUAUAUUGCAUAAAAUUCAGUUUUGUUGUUUGUCUGGUAAACGUGAAGAAGAUAAUGUGGAAUGACGUUGGAAACUUAUUGCUUUUUUAAACGUGUCACCUUCAACAAAUUGUGAGCACUUCAUAAAGAAAUUAAUGUCUAUUAUUUUAUUUCUUUCUUUUUUUAUUCAGCGUGAGGUCAAGUCGGGUUGCUGAGACAAGUCGUAUUCAUCAAGAUCCGACAGAGAGUAUCUGUCACAAUGUACGGAAAGGUACAGUAUAAAAAUUCUAUAUCGAAUCAUUGUUGACCGAAUACAGUAUUUUUCGCAUAGGUUGUGGAAAUUGAAAACGUGCGUGUGCGCAUACACAUGCAAGAAAAGUUAGUAUUUAUUUACAUGAAACUCGAACAAAUCUUAAACGAGAGAUAUCUCAACUGUAAAAAUAUGAGAAAGCUGCCUGAAACCACAGACAUAUACAGACCACAGAUAUAUAUACAGUUUAUCCAUAAACGCGCGCCAAUUAUACACAUAUACACACACACACACAUACACACACACACAUACACGAUUGUACCAUUUCGCAAUGUUAGUUAGGUGAUCUCUAAAUGUCGCACGAAGACAGCAUGUACAUGUUUCGAAUUUUAAUCUUCGACCUAAGCUGCAUUUUCGUAGGCGACGUAAAACAUUUUGUGUAAGCGGUUAUGUACAUAUACCUGCUUUUUUAUAUAAACGCACGUUUUAGUUGUCUGUUUUCCUUCAUGUUCCUUCUCUUUUCCUCUCCGCUCCUCAAGUUAUUCUACACAUAAUUUUAUUAUAAACUAAUUAUAAAAUAAUAGCAAGCAAUAGCUUUUAAGUGCUGUCUUACAUCUUACUGAAUUAGACAUAUCAGGUCUAUUUAUUUUAACAUUGUAGUAUAUUAUAUUCUCUGCAAUAUUAGUUAUUAAU